AUGUCUCACGAAGAAGAUCUGAUCGACUACUCCGACGAGGAGCUUCAGACCACUGACGCUGCCGCGACCACCGCUGCUCCCGCCGCAAAUGGCGCCCCCGCCAAAACUGGCGAUCUGACUGUGACCGGUGGCCGCUCCGACAAGAAGGGAAGUUAUGUCGGUAUUCACUCGACCGGUUUCCGCGACUUCCUCCUCAAGGGAGAACUCCUACGUGCGAUCACCGACUGCGGUUUCGAACAUCCAUCGGAGGUUUGCAUUCCGACCGCCAUCCUCAACGUGGAUGUUCUCUGCCAGGCCAAAUCCGGUCUGGGAAAGACUGCAGUCUUCGUCUUGACAACCCUUCACCAACUGGAGCCCGUCCCUGGAGAGUGCUCUGUUUUGGUCAUGUGCCACACCCGUGAGUUGGCGUACCAGAUUAAAAACGAAUACGCCCGGUUCAGCAAGUACCUUCCCGAUGUGAAGACCGCCGUCUUCUACGGUGGUACCCCUAUCCAGAAAGACAUCGAAGUGUUGUCCAACAAGGAGUCGUACCCCAACAUUGUGGUCGGUACUCCGGGUCGUUUGAACGCUCUGGUUCGUGAGAAGAAACUCUCUCUGCGCAACGUCAAGGCCUUCGUUCUCGACGAAUGCGACAAGAUGCUGGACCAGAUUGACAUGCGCCGUGACGUGCAGGAGAUUUUCCGCGCUACUCCCGCCGACAAGCAGGUCAUGAUGUUCAGUGCUACCCUGUCUCAGGAAAUCCGCCCCAUCUGCAAGAAGUUCAUGAGAAACCCUCUCGAGGUGUACGUUGACGAUGACACCAAGCUCACGCUGCACGGUCUGCAGCAGUACUACAUCAAGCUUAGCGAAUCUGAGAAGAACCGCAAGCUGAACGACCUCCUGGAUAACCUGGAGUUCAACCAGGUCAUUAUCUUCGUGAAGAGCACACAGCGCGCGAAUGAGUUGGACAAGCUGCUUCGUGAAUGCAACUUCCCUAGUAUUGCCGUCCACUCCGGUGUAAGCCAGGAAGAGCGUAUCAAACGCUACAAGGAGUUCAAGGAGUUUAACAAGCGUAUCUGUGUCGCUACUGAUGUCUUCGGACGUGGUAUCGAUAUUGAGCGUAUCAACCUUGCUAUCAACUAUGACCUGCCUGCCGACGCCGAUUCGUACCUGCACCGUGUCGGACGUGCUGGCCGUUUCGGUACCAAGGGUCUGUCAAUCUCUUUCGUCAGCAGCGAGGAUGACGAGAAGGUCCUUAAGGAUAUUGAGAAGCGCUUCGAGGUUGCUCUGCCUGAGUAUCCCGAGGGCGGUGUUGACUCCAGCACCUACAUGGCAUAA